ACCGCGCGGAGUGGUACUGACGGACCCAACUUUAGAAGCAUCCUCUGCCAGAAGCGUUUUCGAAGAUGAAGGUCGAGCAAGCCGGCGCACACAGGAGCGCUUUGGGCGAGGGACCUCACUGGGACUGUCGCAGCUCUACUUUGCUCUACGUCGACGCAACGACAGGCGAGAUCAUGCGGUUCGAUCCUCUGGCCAAGGGAGAGACCGACGUCAUCCAUCUCGAUGGCGAGAUAGGCAACCUGAUUCCUUACACCGAAGACAACCGCAAGCUAAUGGUGUGCAUGAACAAUGGAGUCUACAAGCUUGAUCUCGACACCGGGGCUCAAACUCUCCUUGCCGAGAUGUUCGGUCCAGAUCCUCCCGUGCGGUCUAGGAUCAACGACGGCAAGUGUGAUGCCAUGGGACGUCUCUGGGCAGGGACGUUGACAAGGGACGUGGACCUAAAAAACUAUGUUCCUGAAGAAAACAACUUUUACUGCUUUUCCAAGGGAAAGCUAACCCUGAAAGUGCCUCACAUUUCUCUGUCCAAUGGCAUCGCUUGGACGACAGACAACCGAACUAUGUUCUACAACGAUUCUAUUCCGGGGAAGACAUAUGUCUUCAACUUCGACCUCGACACCGGAGAUAUAGGUAACCGUCACGUCUUCAUCGAUUUCAAGAUCACGCCUGGGUAUGAAAACCUGGGGUUGCCCGACGGCAUGACCACGGACGUAAACGACAAGAUCUGGAUGGCAUGUUUUGGUUCUGGCUCCAUCAUUCAAGUCGAUCCGGAAACGGCUAAAAUCCUGAACACGAUCAAAUUUCCUACGAAGUUCACCACUUCGUGUUGUUUCGGCGGCAAGAAUUACGACGUUCUUUACGUUACUUCCGCCAGCAGCUUGUCAGACUCCCCGCAACCUGCCGACGGAUUGCUGUACCAAGUUACCGAGCUCGGUACGAGGGGCAAAGCGGCCUUUGAGUUCGCCGGCUAAGACUGCUAGAGUCGCCUGGGUAAGCUCGUCGCUAUAUAAAAGAAAGCGCCUACACCACAGAUGAAAUAAUGUAGUAAUAAAAACGCUUACAAUGACA